GCAGCGCGUGCCGUCGCCCGACCGUUUUGUUGUUCCGGCUUAUUACCAAUCAGGCUCGCGAAUGUUGUUACUGUGCGCGUCUUGGGUCGGGCGGUGGUAGAGCGGUGUAAAGUAUGCUGCUGGCGCGAGCAAACUUUCAGUCAUUCGUUCACGUCCGAGCGACACACGCGCGGUGCUGUGGUUACGCGUUGCUUUAGGCGCUCUUUCCGCGCCGAUGGUAUAACUUGGAGUAGGGAAAAGCAUCCAUCCCUUUGCGUCUACACACGAGAGGAAGGGUGAAACUAAUGUUGCAGAGAUUUUGAGCUUGGAAUUCACACAAAUCGUUCUACAAUGAAAAUAACACAAAGCUAUUCGCCAGAGGACCGUUGGGUGGAUGGCAGCACCUGCCUAGAGACGGAGCUAUGCCUGCCGGACAAUAUGAUACGCACCGGCACCGAACUGGAAUCGCUGCAAACCGGUCCCGUGCUGAUCGUCCCGUCCCCGAAGGCGACGCAAGAAACGGUGGAUGAAAAGGAAGCGCUAAAGUACGUCGAGCACAAGCGACAGCUCAGCGAACCCUGCUACUACCCCGAAGCAGGGAGUCAGCAGAAGCAAACGACGUUGGCGGAGGUUGUAUCCGUGUCCACGACGAAAGGCGUAUUUCAUCAGUUACUUCUGACCUCGGCCGUGCUGCUGCUAGCUGCCGGCUGUGGCAUGCCAAUCGGGUACUCGGCCGUGUUACUGCCCCAGCUGUACGAUUCCAACGAAACGCUUGCGAUCGACAUCGAGAUGGGCUCGUGGAUCGCAAGUGUCCAUAGUUUGGCCACUCCGAUCGGAUCGUUCGCCUCCGGCCCGAUCAUGGACCGCUGGGGUCGUCGGCCAGCUAUUCUAUUAGCGAUUGUACCGCUAUUCGGUGGUUGGGUACUGCUUGCCACAGCUUCCUCCCACUUUCUGCUGCUGCUCGGGCGCGUUGUUGCAGGAAUUUCCGUUGGAUUGACAGCCGCGCCGGCACAGAUUCUGCUGGCAGAAAUAGCCGAACCGCGGUUGCGUGGCCUCCUCAUCGGUGCUCCGUUUGUGUCGUACUCGCUCGGCAUCCUGCUCGUGUACGCGCUCGGCAGCCAGUUCCACUGGCGGGAGGUAGCCUGGGGUGGCACCGUCCUGCCGCUGCUCUCCUUCGUUGCCCUGUUCUUCGCGCCCGAGUCGCCCGUGUGGCUGGCGCGCAACAAUCAACCGGACCGGGCCGCAAAAGCACUGACCUGGCUGCGCGGCUGCCCCGUCCAGGCGAAGCAGGAACUCCACCAGCUGACCGAGCGGUUCGAGCAGGAGCAGCAGCAGCACAACCGACGUCCGCAAAACUUUUGGCGCUCGCUCGGCGAGCUGGCCAUCGUUAAGCCGCUCAUCAUCAUCAACGCGUUCCACGUGCUGCAGAUCCUUUCCGGCACCUAUCUCGUGGUGUUCUACGCCGUCGACAUCAUCUCGGAUAUGGGCGGCAGUGACAUCAACUCCAUCCAGGCGGCCGUGCUGACGGCGAUCGUGCGCCUUGCCUUCACCUUCCUGUACUGCUUCCUGCUGCUGAUGAUGCCGCGCCGCCUGAUGGUGACGCUGAGCGGUCUCGGAUCGGGGCUGAGCUGUGUCGCUAUCGCUGCGUUCAUGUACAUUCGCGCCGGCGAACCGAAAACCCCGCUCGACACGUACGUCGCGGCAACGCUGAUACUGAUCUACAUUGGGGCGAAUACCGGCUUCAUGACCAUGCCCGGCAUAAUGAUCGGCGAGCUGCUGCCGGCCAAAAUCCGCGGCCAGAUAGCGGGCUAUCUCUUCACCAUCUUCAACCUGCUGCUGUUUGGCGUGGCGAAAGGGUUCCCGUACGCGAAGGCGGCCCUCAAAACGCAGGGUCUGUUCCUGAUGUUCGGCAUCGCAUCGUUCGCUGCCUCGCUGCUGCUGUUCCUUCUGCUGCCGGAAACGAAGGGCCGCUCGCUGCACGACAUCGAAGACUACUUCCGGCAGCGCAACUGGCUCUGGAUGAAUCGGAAGCGAGCUCGGGACGAGGAGCAGCAAUCUGGCGUCCACCACGGUGGAGAAGAAGGCAAACCGCUGUCGAACGAGUGAUCGUGUGCCAUGUGCCAACGUGUGCGGACAGCGGACGUGUAUGUGAGGGAGAAAAUCAUUUGUAUGUGAUAUUUUACCGUAGUGCUUAAGGGCCAUCCUACAUUAAUUCGGUAGUGAAAGAUCCACACACCAGCAAAAACGCUGUGCAUGGGGGGUUUGGAUCAUUUCUUAAUGCAUUCCAUAUAAUCAUUCAUUCCAUUGAGUGUACGUGUGUAUGUGUGAGUAGUAAAAAGGGUAUUAAAGUAGAAAAUGCUACACCAGCAAUUACCUUAUCAAAAA